AUGGCUCUGAAAUGUGUCCACAAGGGUUGUGGCAAGCAGUUUGAGGACCCCGAAGAGCCCUGCCACUACCAUCCCGGCCCGCCUGAAUUCCACGAGGGGCACAAAGGCUGGAAAUGCUGCAAGCCCCGUGUUCUGAGCUUCGAGGAGUUCCUGGAGAUCCCGCCGUGCACCGUUGGGAAACACUCGACGGUCGACGACACGCCGGCCGCAGCGGCCCCCAAGGCCGGCGCCGAAGCUGCAGAAGAAGCUGAAGCUGCCAUCCGCAAGACCGUUCCCGUCUCGCAGACCAGAUCCAGCCACCCGCCCGACACGCUCAGCACCAGUGCCAUACCGACACCGUCGCCAAGCGCACCCCCCGCUCCUCCAGAAUCAGAGUCCGAUGACCCGUCGCUAGAUAUUCCCGCAAACGCGGAGUGUCGGCGGAAAAGCUGCGCGGCAAAGUAUGCAGCUGGUGCCGCUAGGGAGGAAGAGCAAUGUGUGCACCACCCCGGCCAGCCGAUCUUUCAUGAAGGAAGCAAAGGGUGGAGCUGCUGUAAACGGCGAGUCCUGGAGUUUGAUGAAUUCAUGAAGAUCCCCGGAUGCAAGACCAAGACGCGACAUCUAUUUGUCGGGCCGGGCAAAGCAGCGGAGGAGAAGGUCGACACUGUUCGAACGGACUUCUACCAAACCCCCUCCACCGUGAUCGUAUCCUUCUACCUGAAAAAGAUCGAUAAAGCUACAGCCAAAGUCAACUUCUCGUCCCCAACCACAAUCGAAUUCGACCUCCCGACCACAGACAACAAGCGAUUUAUAGACACAUACGACCUCUUCGCGCCCAUCGAUACGGAGAAAUCAGAGUACAAGAUCAUGGGCACAAAGAUGGAACUGACGCUGGCAAAGGCAGACGGUUCGGCGUGGCCUGUAUUGCGAAGUAAUGAUAGAAGAACCGGGGAGAUCAUACAGACGGGGCGGGCGACAAAGGCAUGA